UGUUUACAAAGUCUGUAUAGGCGUUUCUACUACUAUUGAACGUGUCUCUAGAUAGCAGAGAGUGUUAUUAAAUACUCGAACAAGUCUGAAAAGUCGAUAAAGGCGUGGUUAAUACUAGUAGGCGUGUCUACAGAUAGUGAAAAGUGUUCUCAAAUACCCAAACAUAUAGGCAAAGCUGAUCUAGGUGCGGUAACAACUAGUAAAUGUGUCUCCUAAUAGAUAGAAGUGUUAUUAAAUACCUAAAUAUGUUCACGAAGUUAGUGUAGGCGUGGUUACAACCAGUGGGCGUGUCUCGAGUUGCAACAAUGCUCUCCGAUUGGCCAGUGGGCGUGUCCUCCCUCCGCUACCGCCCAAUGACAGUGAGGUGGGCGUGACUGGUGUGACCAGGGCAGCACGCACUAUGCACCCUGGCCCUAGGACUUAGCAAUGCUGGACGUUUUCCGAGGACUUAAGAACUUGAUCAAGGUCAGUCACAUCCACAUCGACUCGCCCAUAUUCCGCCUCCACUACAGCAUCACCGUUAUGAUCCUGAUUGCCUUCUCGCUGAUCGUCACGACUCGCCAGUACGUCGGCAACCCCAUCGACUGUGUUCACACCAAGGAUAUCCCCGAGGAUGUGCUCAACACCUACUGCUGGAUACACUCUACCUACACCAUCAGGUCCGCCUUCAGGAAAAAGGCCGGUGUGAUUGUGCCUUACCCUGGUGUGGACAAUUCCAAGGGGAAACUUGAGGAUCGAAAGUGUUACGGGUACUACCAAUGGGUCUGCUUCUGUCUAUUCUUCCAGGUAAGAUUCUGCUACUUUACUUCGCAAAUAAUUUUGUGGUCUUUUAUCCAUUUUCUCCAUGAAUAUCGAUACGUGUUGAAACUAUUUCCCCAAAUUAAUAGCUACAAGUAG